GGUCAGUGUCCACUGCGUGUUUAUUUCCGGAAGUCAGUUGUUGGAGUUCCCAGACUAUCACAGCUUAAAUCUUCAGCAACACUCUUACAGGUGUGUCUGAACCCACACGAUGGCACAUUGGUUUCACAGAAACCCCCUGAAGGCAACUGCCCCGGUGUCCUUUAAUUUCUAUGGAGUGGCAGGAAGCCCCUCUGCCAACAAGAUCUGCAA